GACAAGCCUUGCCAAAGGGCAAGCCCUUGCAAAAGGACAAGCCCUUGCCAAAGGACAAGCCCUUGCCAAAGGGAAAGCCCUUGCCAAAGGGCAAAUCCUUUCAAAAGGACAAGCCCUUGCAAAAGGACAAGCCCUUGCCAAAGGGCAAGCCCUUGCCAAAGGGCAAGCCCUUGGGAAAGGGCAAGCAUCUCCCCAGCAGUGGCAGCAAGCCCUUGAAAAAGGACAAGCCCUUGAAAAAGGGCAAGCUGUGUGCUAAGAACCUCAACAGACUUGGCAAUCUUUCUUUGCAAGAGAAGGUUGCUGCAGUUUGUGAGGAGCAAGUGAUGAUGACAGGAAACCCCUUGCAAAAGGGCACUGCCACCUUAGCCCUGGAGCUCUUUGGACAUCCCUUGGGAAAGGGAAAGGUACCAGCACUGAUCCUUGCAAAAGGACAAGCCCUUGCAAAAGGACAAGCCCUUGCCAAAGGGCAAGCCCUUGCCAAAGGGCAAGCCCUUGCCAAAGGACAAGCCCUUGCCAAAGGGCAAGCCCUUGCCAAAGGGCAAGCCCUUGGAAAAGGACAAGCCCUUGCCAGAGGGCAAGCCCUUGCCAAAGGGCAAGCCCUUGCCAAAGGGCAAGCCCUUGCCAAAGGGCAAGCCCUUGCAAAAGGACAAGCCUUGCCAAAGGGCAAGCCCUUGCAAAAGGACAAGCCCUUGCCAAAGGACAAGCCCUUGCCAAAGGGAAAGCCCUUGCCAAAGGGCAAAUCCUUUCAAAAGGACAAGCCCUUGCAAAAGGACAAGCCCUUGCCAAAGGGCAAGCCCUUGCCAAAGGGCAAGCCCUUGGGAAAGGGCAAGCAUCUCCCCAGCAGUGGCAGCAAGCCCUUGAAAAAGGACAAGCCCUUGAAAAAGGGCAAGCUGUGUGCUAAGAACCUCAACAGACUUGGCAAUCUUUCUUUGCAAGAGAAGGUUGCUGCAGUUUGUGAGGAGCAAGUGAUGAUGACAG